AUGACGAUGGUAAUGGAAAACCAGAACCGCCAGUAUGGCGGCAUGAGCUUCGACAAUGUCUAUCACCAUAAUCCACCGCAAUUCACAGACCCGUGGGCCGCCGCACACACCUCUUCGCACUCGACGCCGCCCGUCUACGCAACCUCCAUGGGCAACAGUGCCAGCAUCCCCGUGAAGGAGGAGGUUGGUCGCACCGCGCCCAUGUCCAUGCCCUAUCCCAGUAUCCCUGUGUCCGCGCCCUCGCUCGUCCCGGGCAGCAAUUACACCACCUCUGGCUAUGGUGCCGAGGUCAUGGGCAUGCAACACGAUGUGCCGCGCACCACUUUCGAGCAGGCGCCCGCCUAUACCACCGCGCCUCCCAUGAGCAACUUUGCCCCGCCCAGCUAUGCGCCGGUCAGCUAUGCCCCAAUUCACCCGUCGCAGCCCCAGGACGCUCGUCGCAUUUCGCAUUCAGAUGCUCGCGUGGGCUCCUCCCAACCACCCGCGCCCACUCCCACUUUCGGUGACGCGCUCGACGCCAGCCGCGGAAUGGUCGCUCUCAGCCAGGAUCUGACUCCUCGCAACAUCUAUGGACCUCGCGGUGCCCGGGGGUCCGCCGAUUCCUAUGGCUUCCCUUCCACUCACUCCUCUGCCUCGUCGAUCUCCUCGGGCGGCAACUACCCCUACUACAGCGCCUCGGUGGGCUCCGUCGACUCCUCCGUGACCGACUACAGCUCCACAACCUCCGAGUCUUACGAGUCGCGCACUCUGCCGCGACCGGCCAACCUGCUGGCUGGCAGCGCGCCCCCGGGGCCCCAGUCCAUGAUGAGCCAGUUUAGCUCGAAGAUGCCCUCCAACACCCAGAAGAAGCACAAGUGCAAGGUCUGCGACAAGCGGUUUACGCGUCCGUCUUCGCUGCAAACGCACAUGUACAGCCACACUGGCGAGAAACCAUUCGCGUGUGACGUGGAAGGUUGCGGGCGACACUUCUCCGUAGUCUCAAACUUGCGACGACACAAGAAGGUCCACAAGGGCGAGAAGGACACCGGUUCCCCAGACGAAGACGAGUAA